AUGCCUUCCCCAUCACUCUUUCUGGGGUCGAGCACCACACUCGUUUCUGCUUUGUUGUUGCUUUCUUCUUCCGCUGCCGCUACUUCGGAUGCAUAUUAUGCCUUGGACACCGACUAUUCGGGCAGAGACUUCUUCGAUGGCUUCAGUUUCUUCACUGAUGCUGAUCCGACCCAUGGCUUUGUCACUUAUGUGGAUGAGGCUACUGCAUUGGCGGAUGGCUUGAUCAACACUCGUGGUGGCUCUGCUCAGAUCAAGGUCGACAGCACCCACAAAUACAAUGGCAGUGCACCAUACUCUGGCAUCAAUGGCGUUGGUCGUCCUAGCGUGAGGAUUGAAAGUAUCGAUUCUUGGACACAUGGUCUCUUUAUCGCGGACAUCAAGCACAUGCCCACCACCACAGACUCCAGUGGCUGCGGUGUUUGGCCUGCAUUUUGGACUCUUGGUUCCGGGACAUGGCCCUACAAUGGCGAAAUCGACAUCAUCGAAGGAGCCAACAACCAGGCCAAUGAUCUGACGUCCACCCACGUCGCUGGCAGUUGUGUGAUCUCCCAGAACCCAUCGGAGAUGACUGGCACUUCCAACGGCAACGAUUGCCAGUACAAUGUCGCUACUGGUGCGAACGCUCAAGGCUGUGGAGCGUUCUCGAAGAGCUCUGUCAGCUACGGCGCUGGCUUCAACUCGAACAAGGGAGGCGUGUACGCCAUGGAAUGGAAAUCUGAUGCCAUCAAGGUUUGGUUCUUCCCUCGAGGCUCCAUCCCUUCGGAUAUCAGCUCUGGUAACCCAGAGCCAUCUGGGUGGGGCCUACCGGAUUCCAUCUUCAACGGUCCUGGAUGCGACAUCGAUGCCAACUUCGCCGACAACAGAUUCAUCUUCGACACCACCUUCUGCGGAGAUUUCGGGGACGCGACUUGGCAGGGUGGUGGUUGUGCGGCGAUCGAGAGCCAGAGCCAGUGCUCAGUCUUUGUGGGAGAUCACCCUGAGCAGUUCACCGAGGCAUACUGGGACGUGAGCUAUGUUCGCGUGUAUCAAUCUAAACCAGUUACUGGUCGCACGUCUUCUUCGACAACCAGUACGACGACAACCUCUUCCAGCAGCUCAACCAGAACGAUUUCUCAUGCAACCACUUCCGAGGCAUCCACUACCGAGAGUACAACCCUUCCUUAUACACAUUCGCAUACCUUCGGUGGACAACCGGGUACAACGAGCGCACCAGCGACUGCAACCACCACGUGGUAUACUACCUCCGCCAGCCCGUCGCCUUCGACCACGUCGCCGUACAUCCACACCACAGCUUCCAGCCCUGGAGCCAGCUCAGAGACCACAUGGGCACAUUCGCCUAGCAGCAGCUCCUCCAGCUCGGAGUCACCUGCCACCACCCCCGGCGGCUCAUGGGAAGGCACCACAUCAAGCUUUGAUUGGCAAGACUGGGAGUCUUCCACUAAGCCCGCCGAUCCAGUGACAACUUCUUUGACAACCUCGAGCAUUAAUUGGGCUGACUGGGAGCUGUCCAUGUCCUCGACCAGCACCCCUGCCGACCCUGUAACGACGAGCUCAACCUUCAGCUGGGCCGACUGGGAAGUGUCCGCGUCAUCCACGUCGAAGCCGAAUGACCCGGUGACGACGAGCUCAAGCUCCAGCUUUAACUGGGCCGACUGGGAAGUGUUCACCUCUUCCACGUCGAAGCCGAAUGACCCGGCAACCACAAGCGCCUUCACCUGGAGCGACUGGAGCAGUGAUACUUCCGUUGCACCUAUCUCGACCGCGACCUGGUCCGACUGGAACAGCGAUACCUCCCUGGCACCCAUCUCGACCGCAACCUCAGCCUGGGGCUCUCCAGACGGCAAGCCAUCCUCCCCUGUUGCUGCUGCUUCAGCCGGCUCCAGCACAUGGGUCAGCCCCAGCGUGACCAUCGCCACAACCGUGACCGUUGCACCUGUGGCCUCGUCCGCAUGGGUUGCAGCCGCCUCGGCAACGCCAGUGGCUCCAUACAGCGUUCUAAGCGAUGGAACGGGCAGCGCAGGUACUACCACCAGCCCCUGGGUCGCCGCUUACACGGGUGCUGCAGGACGCACGGGUCUGAACGGGCUUGCGCUGCUUGGUGCCGGAGCUGUUGCUUUCGGUGUGCUGGCUCUGUAG